AUGAAAACCAUCACAACAACCAAAGCAUGUACAAAGCAGCUGCUGGAUAAGCUACAGGAGAACAUUAGUUGGGCACAAAUGGAGGUCAAAUCCCACAGCAUUUCUAUUGUCAAGGGCUGGCUUACCAACGACAGGUUCUUUAUAAAGGGCGAGCCCAUACCAAGGUCACGGACAAGCCCAUCAAAAGCCUUGGACAGUGGUACAGCGCAGACCUUGAAGACGCUGAAUAGGUGGAACAACUCAGGAUGGAAGUACUUCAAGUCCAGCAUGUACUCCAUCUCUACUGUGAAGAUGAACUGGACAGUUGGCAGACAGCAUUGCAGAAAGAGUGAAGCAGAUCUGGUAGUCAUAAACAGCAAAGAGGAAAUGAUUUUUGUUCACGGCUUGAUAAGUAACCUGGGAGCUUGGCUUGGACUUACUGACACAGAGAAUGAAGGGGUCUGGAAAUGGGUGGAUGGCAAAGAAUUGACCACAAGUUAUUGGAUGAAAGGACAGCCUAACAACGGUGGUAGGAAUGGAAAUGAUGACUGUGGUGUUAUUGUUUUUGGAAAAGCUGUGCUGCAGAGCUGGAAUGACAAUCAAUGCAACUAUCUUUCUUAUGUGAUCUGUGAAAAGAGUGUGGCAUGAAUUCAGUG